CCUCCCACGGAAGAGUGUAAACAGGCGCCUGGGGCCGUGUCUCCGCGAGCUACAGGCUGGCGGUGGGGGCGGCGCCUGCGGCUCAGCACCCACCUGAGGUGACUCCUGCGGUCUCCAGAUCCGUUUCUCUCUCGCAGCGCACAGUCACAGCCCCACGCCGCCAAGGAGGCGGCCGGAGUCCCAGGCCCAGGCAGGGGGUGUGGCCAUCUGACGCCGGUCCACGACAGGUGGCGGGCAGAGUUGGCCUGGCCCGCGCGCUUCUUUGCCCACGAGUCGGGGGCCCGACGCGGAUCCGGCGGAGCGGCUGCGCGACUCUGGGCGGUUACCCCUUCCUCCCCAGGGACUCGGGUCUGCGCUUGGAGACGGCCGGAGCUUGGGCUGCCCGGAUCCUGUGGUGUUGAGGGCCCGGGGUUGUGCCCAUCAGUCCUGCCCCUGAGGGGCUGUGAGACCGUGGGUAAGUCCGCCCUCUUCUGCCAGUUUCCACAUUUUUGGAAUGGUUAGUCUCGACUGGUACUCUGUGAGGACCUUCCGCGCGUCUGACAUGUGAUUUCAAGAGAGAUCUGCUUAUGUUGAAACUGCCGCAGGAAAAGCAUAGCUUGAAGUCCAUGGCCCAAAAUGACUCUACCAUUGGAGACUCUCUUCUAUAAAGAGGGAGACCGGAUCAGAGGCUGGAAUGAGCAUGCCGCUGCAUCAGAUCUCUGCCAUUCCAUCUCAGGAUGCCACUUCUGCUAGAGUCUACAGAAGUAAGACCAAAGAAAAGGAGAGGGAAGAACAGACUGAGAAGACUUUGGGACAUUCCAUGAGUCAUUCAAGCAACAUUUCUAAGGCUGGGAGUCCUCCUUCAGCAUCAGCUCCAGUGUCUGCCUUCUCUCGCACUUCUGUCACGCCAUCCAACCAGGACAUCUGCAGUUCCAGUGCAGUGUUUUCUGUAUGUCACCACAGUCCCGUGCAGUCUGCUGUUGUCUUGAAAGCACCUCAGUACCAGAGUUCUCUGACAGAAGGGCUCACUGUGACAGUUAUUUGUAAAGACACAUUGCAGGCAUCAAAAAGCACCUUUGGUUCAGAAUGGUUUCGGGCCUUGAAGCCUGCUAAGAGUAAAGCCAGAAGAACACUAAAGUUUUCAAAAUCCCUAAAUGAUGUAUGUGAGAAGAACCAGGAUACUUUGGAAAGCUUUGACUUUGUGGAAAGAACUUGUUCUGAAGGAAAAUUGGUACUCCCUCAAGAUCCAUGUCUCAGAAUUAACAGGUUUCGUUUUAAGGAAAAAGAGCACCUGAAUCAUAAAUCUCCUGGCAGUUUCCAAAUGUUUUGUGUCUCAUCCCUCUAUGCCAACCUUCUAUUUGCCUCAGAGGUGGAAGCUGCAAGGGGGCAUGCACAACCUGAUUUUGGAAGAGAAAGCAAUGGUGAGGCCGGGUCCAGAAGCCAGUGGCUGCUCCAGUACCUGUUCUUGCUCUCCGUGGCUCUAGCACCAGCAGACUGACAAAUCCACGAGCUGGAGAGCCACGCUGCUCACUUGCAUGCGCCCAAGUCCUCAGGGGUGGCAGGGAGCAUGGGCUUCUGGUCUGAUGAAAUGGGAGACGACGACGUUCUUUGAGGACAGCACAUCCCACCAAACUGAAGUGCAGGCUUCUGCGGGCAACCCCUCUGCUCAGUGGAGAAGGACAGUGACCUGGAUUGUCCUUCUCCCCUGUCUGAAACCCCCCCCAUCUCUCCUGUGUCCACCUCAGGGGAUGCCUGCAGGAUCUGCCACUGUGAAGGAGAUGAUGAGAGCCCCCUGAUCACUCCCUGCCACUGCACAGGAAGCCUCCACUUUGUGCACCAGGCCUGCCUGCAACAGUGGAUCAAGAGCUCUGACACCGCUGCUGUGAGGCUCUGCAAGUAUGAGUUCAUCAUGGAGACCAAGCUGAAAACCUUUGAGAAAAGGUACUGUUGGGAGAAGUUGCAGAUGACAGCCAGCGAGCGCAGGAAGAUCACGUACUCGGUGAUGUUUCAUGUCAUCGCCAUCACCUGUGUAGUCUGGUCUUUAUAUGUGCUCAUCGACCGUACUGCUGAGGAGAUCAAGCAGGGGCAGGGAACAGGAAUCCUAGAGUGGCCCUUUUGGACUAAAUUGGUGGUAGUGGCCAUUGGCUUCACUGGAGGACUUCUUUUUAUGUACAUUCAAUGCAAAGUAUAUCUGCAAUUGUGGAAGAGACUCAAGGCAUAUAAUAGAGUGAUCUAUGUUCAAAAUUGUCCAGAAACAAAAAAGAAUAUUUUUGAAAAAUCUGCACUAACAGAGUCCAAUUUUGAAAAUAAAGAUGGACAUGGAGUCUGUUAUUCCGACACAAACUCUUCUUCUUGCACAGAGCCUGAAGACACUGGAGCAGAAAUCAUUCACGUCUGAUGUUGUGGAGGGUAUUGUUUUGUGGACAUCUAUGAAGAGCUAAAGGAAAUUGUUUACUGCCAAUUGUGUACCUUUCUUAUGUCCUUUAAAUAGUAUAGACUGGACAGGUGACCAUUGCCUCUUUUUUUGAACCCUCCUUGACAUAUCUCCUGGAAAACCCUCCUGUGUGCUGGGCAUGGGUGAGUCCCACUUCUGCCUGGCUGUUCUGUAUGAUUGAAAGGGAGGAGGAGACUUCAUGUAGCCACCAUGGGGAGACUUAUUUGGGAAGCUGCUGAGUUCUAACUCAAGGUCUUGAGAAGUAUGAGGUAAAUGCCAAACCAGAAGGGAGAACAGGAGCAGAAGUGGGGGACAGCCCUGGUAUGCAGCUAUCCCUGUCCCAGAGCUAAGCAUUGGGAAUGUCUGGCAGUGAUGAGAUAAUUCCCUUCUCACUAAAGAGUGCUAGGGAUAUGGGAUGGAAACAGCCCUUACAGGCAAAAAAUUCUGCCCUCCCUUUACUGAUGAUGCCACAUUGGCCCUUAACAGAUGAAGCUGUGGGGCAUGGUUCACUGAGCAAACAGCACUUUACAGAAGAGAAUCUUUUAUUUGUAAAAUGUGUCUAGUGGGAAUGACACUUAAAAUUGAGUGUUGUAUUUAGAAACCUCUUCAUUACCCUUGUUAUCUCUUUUACAUCAUAAUAGAUCUGCAACCCUUUUUGCCUUAUAUAUUCUAAGAAAUGGGGCAUCUGUAUGUGUGAAGACACUGAUGACUUAACAGGAAGGCAGACAGGUCUGAGGUUUUGUCAUAACAGUGUUCAUGGGAACUCAUGGAUGCUAAAUGUCAGGUUGCAUAAUUCCUAUAGUUUUGAGCCUGUUUUAUGAGUCCUUAUUUCAUAGGCCUGACAUGUACAUUUUUUGUCUACACUGAAAAAGAAGGGUUUUGAGAUACAAAUGGAAGGAAAGGAAGUACAUAGAACAAAACUACAAGACUGACUAUUUAAAAAAAUGAUUACCAGUAGAUUUCUCCAGCACAUAUUGUCUGCUCUGGAUAUGUGCACUGUAGGUGCUUCUUUCACCUGUCUGAUGUGCAGGCUCUUUCUGGGGAAGUUCUGUGGAGCCACUGCUGAGAGCCAAAAGCAGGUGACUGGCUCUGGGAUGAAGGCCAGGGAUGAGCAGCAGUGUCAUGGACCACUGUGUCACUGCUCCCCAGCCAACACCCACCCAUCAUUGCCUUAAACAGACUGAACAGACAGGAUCCUUUAGGGGCCCUUGAUCCUGCAGCUGGUCUGUUCUGUCAUCAGGGAUUACCUCUUGCACCAUUUUUCAUAAGACAGACAAAACCAGAAUCAAUACCAUCAAAUGACUUUUGUUUCUCUAAAAUGUCUGCUUAUAAUUCUGUUUUUGAAGCCCACUUUCGUAGUGUUAGGCAAAGAGUUGACUGUGGGAAUUGACCAGGACUGCAACAUGACAUGUGUGCUCAGAUGCUUAUUCUCCAGGGAACUGUCAUCCAGUUGCUAGCAUCUUCAGAACCUCCUUAGAAUGGGGCAGGGUAAUGCAUGGGGUGGCAGGUCCUGCCCACAGUCUCCCUGAGCUUUGGGUGCCUCAGAUGUCCUGUUAGAAGGGUAAGCAGUGGUGUGGGGAAAUAGGUGGUUAGAGCACUUGCCUAGAGUGUGUGAGUACCUGAGUUUGAUCCCUAGCCCUGCACCCCACCGCAAAAAAAAAAAAAAAAGAUGAAACAAGUACGAUUCUGAAUGAUCUCAUUACUGUUCAGAGUGGAAGCCUU